AUGGAGAUUUUUCGGUGGAUUCAUGCAGCAACGAGGCGAAAUGUUCAAGAAGUUGUGUUAGAAUUUACUCUUUGUGAGCCAUUAGAGUUACCAAUUUGUCUUGCAACUUGUGAAUCUUUGCAAGUUUUAAAGCUAAACCUGCCCAGGGAUAUACUUAAACUGCCUAAUCAUUUUGGAUUUCGUCAGCUGAAAUUGCUCCAUCUUGAGGAUGUCGAGUUAUCGGACAAACAUUCCCCAAAUUGCUUCAUCUCAAAAUGUCAUCAACUCAAAAGUUUGAUCUUACAUGAAUGUGGUUUAGGAGCUAUUACACUACUUUUUAUCGCUUCCACAUCUCUUAGUUCUGUUACUAUUAUAGCGGACUAUUAUUAUGAGGAUGAGUAUGGCAAAUGCGAACUCCCCAAUCUCAAAUUCUUAAAUUAUGAAGCUCCAAUGCCAAAUGAUAUAAUCAUCGAGAAUCUGUUUUCAAUAGAUGUUAGUAUCGCGUUUACCAAUACACGUGCGGACACUCAGAUAUUUGUGCAUAAGAUGAUCAAGGAAUUAAGUUUCUUUUACAUCAGUUUUGGCACUAUGCAAUGA